CAUCAUGAAGGAUGCUACUCUAGUUCUGAAUCUAGACAGUUACAUGAAAAAAGACAUUCCUCCAGGAGUUAUAUAUCUGAAGAAAAUUGUUCAAAAAUCAAGAUCCAAUCAAGAAUGUUCUUACAGAAUAUUGGUGUUCUGUCUCACAUUUAUGGCAUAUGCAUCAUUUCAUAUGACUCGGAAACCAAUUUCUGUUGUUAAAAAUUCUAAAGAAUUUUUGGAUUGUUCUGAAGACAGAAAAUUUUGUAAAUCCUGGAUUGCUGAAAUUAAUGGCAAACCUGAAGAUGUUUCAAUGACAUACUUAGGAUUGUUGGACACUGGCUACUUGGUAACUUAUGCAGUCUCAAUGUUCUUUAGUGGAUUUAUUGCUGAAAGAAUGAAUCUAAGAAUUUUUCUCACUGCAGGAAUGAUAAUGUCUGGAUUUUUUACCAUUAUGUUUGGUUCUGCUCGCACCUUUGGCAUUCAUAGUAUCUGGUAUCUAUUCUUUGCACAAAUAUUGGGAGGCAUUUUCCAAUCAACAGGGUGGCCAGGUGUUGUAACAGUAAUUGCAAACUGGUUCGGGAAAGGAAAACGGGGUCUCAUUAUGGGAAUUUGGAAUUCACACACAUCAGUUGGAAACAUUCUAGGUUCAUUAAUUGCUGGUUCUUUUGUAAGCUAUAAUUGGGGUCUUUCCUUCAUCAUCCCAGGUUUACUGAUGUGUUUUGCUGGAUUCCUGAUUUAUCUGUUUCUGGUACCCAAUCCUCAAGAUGUUGGAAUAGUUACAACCAACCCUGCUUCAUCUCCUACCUAUGAAUACUCUUCAAAAUCAGAGCUACACUCAAGACCUGUUUCAACUUCAACAUUGAUGAGGGCUCCUUCAAGCUCGAGACUGGACUCUCCAUAUAAUUCUGAUGCUGAAAUACAUGUAUCCCCUAAAGAUGAGGCCGUAGGCUUUUUUAAUGCUUUAAAGAUUCCAGGUGUUCUGGAGUUUUCUCUUUGCCUAUUUUUUGCCAAAUUGGUUAGUUAUACUUUUUUAUAUUGGCUUCCUAACUACAUAAACAUAGUUCACAGUGUCAAUGCUAAAGAGUCUGCUAUGAUGUCAACAUACUUUGAUAUAGGAGGAAUUAUUGGUGGUGUUCUGGCAGGACUUGUAUCAGACAAGUCAGGUAUGAGUGCUACAACUUGCACAACAUUAUUAUUUCUGGCAAUACCCACUUUAUUCUAUUAUGAAAGUUCCCUCUCGGUUAUGUGCCCACUGGUUCAACACAAUGGAGUACCCAUAUUGAAUGUUUGUUUUAUAAUUCAUACUGCAUUUUUGAUAAUCGUAGGCAUAUUGGUUAAUGGACCAUAUGCAUUAAUAACAACAGCUGUGUCUGCAGAAUUGGGAACUCACAAAUCCCUGAUGGGAUCCAGCAGAGCGCUUGCUACAGUCACUUCAAUCAUAGAUGGCACUGGUAGUGUAGGAGCUGCAGUUGGACCCUUUAUGGCUGGUUACCUCUCUGGACAUGGAUCUUGGACAUCAGUUUUUAAUAUGUUGAUGUUGUCUAAUGUGUUUGCACUUCUCUGCCUGAGUAGAUUAGUUAAAGGUGAACUGAGAAGGUGGCAACGACGAAGAUAUUCAAUGUGAAUCGCCUGAUGGUGUGUGGAGGAAUAUACUGCUUAAGUUUAUCUAGUUUAAUACAAGAAUUCUGUUUUCAAAUGUGCUUACAGUGGAAGCUUACUCAUCUGACUAAAAACUUAAAUUUAAAAAGAUUUAAUGUUUCUGAACUAAGAAAAUAAUGAACCAAGAUUAUAAGAUAUAGAAAAAUUUAGUUUUUUUUCCAGGUAUUGUUUUGCAAAUAAUGAUUGUGAAAAACUUUCUCAACUUCAGAUUGUAUCAGUUUACUCGUACAUUUUAAGAUAGUUAAAAUAUGUAAAUUCAAAUUGUAUUUAUUAUAUUCUGUAAUAAUGUAAAAAUAAUAAAUCUAUCGUUUUUA